AUGGAAAAUCGCAAAGUUUUGAGGAUAGGGAAAAGUGUAGUACACGGUCGCACGGGUCCCUUGAGAGGAGACAUGGAGGCUGAAGAACAAAAGGAGGUGAGAAAAAAAGAGGAGAGUAAUAAAAAGGAUAUUAUAAAAGAAAACAAUUCUGAUAAUAAAAAGGAUGAGCAAUCAAAAGUAGAAACCCAGAAUACUGAAGAUAUUUUAAAUAAACAUUAUAAUAAAGAGGAUACAGAAAAUAAUAGUGGAAAUAUAUUUGAACAAUUAUUACAAAGAGAAUUAGCUAAAGGUACUUUAGGAGGUGGUGUUGUUGAAAAGAAUACAAAUAAACUAAAAUUUCAAAUUGAAGAAAAUAAUAUUAUGGAUACUGCUGAUGGAAAUAUAGAUGAAGAUAUGGAAAAGUUAUCAAAAAUUAGUUUACAAGAAAGAAUAAAUAGUACCAUAGUAAAAUAUCGUAUGCAUGCUUAUAAUGAAAUAUUGAAAUGUUUUAAUAAUCAAGAUAAUGAUAAUCAAAAGAAUUUUUUAAUAGAUAAGAAAAUACAUAUUGUCAAUAAUUUUUUUAAAGAUGAAGAUAGUAUAUUUAAAUACUUAUCAGAUAAUAAUUUAAUAUGCCAAAUAAAAACUUCUGAAAUUACUGAAGCUUAUUUACAUAUUAUAAAAGAUAUUUAUUUUCAUAAUUACAAAAAUGAAUAUAAUAAUGAAGAAGAAUUAAUUAAUUCAUUUGUUAAUGAAUAUCGAAAUAAAUUACAUAAUAUGUUUUUAAAAAUAUAUAUUUUAUUGAUCGAAAAAAUAUUAAUUAAUACAAAAUCUUUUGAUUUUGGUUGUAAUAUUAUUAUUAAAAUUAUAGAAUAUUGUUCAUAUGAUAAAAUUACACUUUCUAUUAUUACAACCAUUUGUGAAUAUUUAAAUUCAAUUUUCUUAAAAGCUAACAAAAAUGUUUCUAAUAUAAAAGGUGUAAAAAUUAAAGUCAUUGCCUCUAUUCUUUUAUUGUUUUAUAAAUUAUUACAUUCUUUUGGUCCUCACAUAAUUUGUGUUAAGACUAUAAAUAAAUAUUGUUUAAAAUUUAAUGAGAUGAUGGAUAAAGCUGUAAAAACCAACUUCUAUUCUCUAUAUAUAGAAAUACUAACCCAAGUAAAUAUACAAGAAUUUCAUAAUUCUAUCUUAAAUGAGUUGAGUAGUCAACAAAGAAAUUAUAUAAAUAAAGAAUUACAAAAUAAACCAAAGCAUACAGAUAAUACAACUAAUGCAACCACUCUAUAUAAAGCAACAUAUAUUUUAAAAACUAAUGAUCAUAAUAAUUCUUACAAUUUUAUGAAAAAUUUCAAUGGUAAUACAUCUGCUGGGAACGGAUUAGAUAAUCAUAUUGUUGAAGAAUUUGAUGUUUUCAAAGACAUAUGUACAAAACAAUGGGAAAAGAGAGUUCUGGAAGGAUGUAUUGAUAAAAAUAAUAGUACUAAUAAUACAAAUAAUAAUAGUAAUAGUAAUAAUAAUAAUAGUAGUAGUAGUAAAUUAUUAAGUAAUGAAAAUUUAUUACCUUGGAAAAUUAAAGUGGAAGCUAUUAAUUUAUUAUGUGAUAAAAUGAAAUCAAAAUAUAAUAUUAAAAAAACAAAUUAUUUAUCUACAUUAUUAAAUAUUAUUUUAAAAUUAUUAAAAAGUGAAUCAGCCUUACCGGUUGUUGUAUCUACAUUAAAAUUGUUACAUAUACUUAUUGAAAAGUUUGAUAAAGACAUUUAUAAUACUGUUAAAAACUUCUCUUUCAUUUUAUGUUCUAAAUUAAAAGAUUCCAAUAAACAAGUUUCUAAUGCAUGUAUGGAAUGUUUAACUAAAGCUAUUUCGGUCUAUAAUAUCGAUUUAUUUCUUGAUGAUCUAUCUAAAAAUCUAAAAGAUAAAAAUAAUAAUACUAGGUUAGUAACCCUAGAUUUCUUGUUGAAGACAUUCCAAUAUAUAGAUAAGAAGAGUAUAUCCUCGCUCAUAGACAUAACAAAACAUUUAUUGAAUGAUACAGUCGCUAAUAUAAAAAAUACUGCUUGUAAAUUAUAUGCAUUAAUUAUUUCAUAUUAUGGUGAAUCCGUGGAUUCCUCCUUUUUUAAUUCUAUACCAUCCAACAAAAAAAAGUCCAUCUUAUCCUUAUGUGUAAAGAAUGACAAAUUGAAUGAUGCGAAUGAUGAAAAUAUUUCGAAUGAUGAAAAUAAUGCGAAUGAUGAAAAUAAUGUGAAUCAUAUAAAUCAUGGAUACAAUGAUGACCAUUUAAAUAGUCCUAAGAAUCAAUUUGAAGAUUCUAGUGCAAAGAAAAAAAAAAAUGUAGACAAUAUAAAUAAAAUGACAACACUUAAAGGAAAUAAUAUGAAGCAUACAAAAAAUAAUAUUUCCGAUGAUGCUGAAGAUAUAAUAUCUGGAGGAAAGAAAAAUAUAAAUACUGCACAUAAUAAUAAUAUGAACAAAUCAUGUAAUAUCAAUAAUAUAAAUAAUGUGGAAUAUUAUUUACCAAAGGAUAUGAUUAAAAAUUUAGGAUCUUCUAAUAUCCCUAAUAAAAUCGAAGGGUUACAAAUGUUAAAUAUAUGGAUAAAGAAUGAAAAUAACAUUAUGAUAUUAAAUUUUGAAGAUUUAAUUAAUUUUAUUAAAAAGAAUUGUUACGAAUUCAAAGGAAAAAAUGUUGUAUUGAAUAAUGCAAUAUAUGACAUUUUUUAUGAAUUUAUAGAUAUAGCAUAUCAAUAUAAUUUAAAAAAUAAUACUUCAUUUUAUAAAAUGUUGAAUAUACUUAUUAGUUUAUAUAUUGAAAAGGUUACAGAUAAAAAAGGAAAUAUGUUAUGUAAUAAUUUUUUACAUAAAUGUUUUAUGUAUUUCGACAAUAAUAUAAUAAUAGAUUUAUUUUUAAAAAAUAUCGAUUCUAAGAAUACAAAGAAAUGUGAAGAAUGUAUUAAAAUAUUACAAAAAAUUUUUAUAAACAGAAAUAAAAAUUCCGGUGUGAAUAUAAAAAAUUUAAUUUAUUUUUUAAAAAAAUUUGUGGACUCUAAAAAUUCAAAUCUUAAAAAGUCAUCAAUUCUUAUGUUACAAAUAUUAUCUAAGAAUUUUGGGGACAAGUAUGUGCUUUCUCAUUUAGAAGGAAUAUCUGAGAACAUCAGGCAUAUGGUAAAAUUAAAAGAGGACGUAGAGAAGUUUGUAAGUAAGCACGGGUUAAAUUACUCAACAUCUAUCCUUUUAAAGGAUAUGGAUAGGCAACACAAUCACAUAAAUGAUAUGGCAACACGUAAUAUUAACAUUAACCUUAACACCACCACAGACAUGAACAAUAAUAAUAAUAUUAAUAGUAGUAAUGUUAGAGAUUGUGAAACGUUUAAUAAAUGCGAUAUUCACGAAGGUGAUGGUAAUAAUAUCACUAUUAAUAAUCAAGGAAAAGAUACUGAAAUAGGGAGACACAAGGAAAAAGAUACUGAAAUAGGGAGACACAAGGAAAAAGAUACUGAGACAGAGAGACACAGGGAAAAAGAUACAUUCAUUAAUAAUACAAAUGAUAUGAAUAAUAAUAUAAAUCAACAAAAUAAGAAAGACGAAGAAAUGCUAGAUAUAAUUAUUAAAAAAAGAGAUUUUUCUUUAGAAGGUGAAGAAAAAACAAAUAAAAAAGGAACAGUGAAAUCACCAAUUAAUAAUUCUUCAAAAUUGAAUAAUAUACAAAUUGAUUAUACAAAUAAUUAUUUAAAUUAUAAUAAUACUAAUAUUUCUGAUAAUACUCCUAUGGAUAUUUCUAAAGGGGUAAAUAAUAUAAAAGAAAAUAAACAUGAAAAGAAUUAUAAAAAUGAUGAGGUGAAAAAUUAUGCACAUAACGAUGAAGAGGAAGAAGAUGAUGAAGAAGAAAAAAUGAUUCUCAUAAUUGAUCAUAUAAAAAAUUAUAUAAAUCGUAUAAUUAGCGAUAAUAAUAAUAAUAACAAUGGAAAUAACAAUGGACAUAACAAUGGACAUAAUAUUAUUUCCAACAGUGUGUCAAAUAUUAUAAAUGUAAUAGAAAAGAUUGGAAAGUAUUAUAUUAACCCAGAAAAAUUGGAUAUAUUAAUUAAUGAUAAUAUAUUAAACAAAAUAUAUAACAACAAUAAGAAUAAAUGCAUACAAUUAUUAUAUGUUCUUAUAUUUUCUUUAAAGGAAAAUACACAUAUAUAUGCAGAUAUAUUAUUUGAAUUUAUUGUUUCCAUAAUUGAUGACAUUGAUAUAUCAGUUGAACAAAUAGAUAAGCUUUUAACAUGUAUGUGUCGGAAUUUAGGUAUUUCUAAAUAUAUUAAUCAUAUUAAUACAUAUAUAUUAAAUGAAAAAUUCAAUAACAUGAAUGAUGACUACUCCAAUCAAAAUAAUAUGAAUAGUAAUAGUAAUAGUUAUAAUAAUUUUAAUAUAACAGAUAGAAGUAAAGAAAUAAAAAAAAAUUAUAAAAGAAACAAAAUUUUAAUAGUUAUUAAUAAUAUUAAUACAAAUCAUAUUUUAUUAUUAAAUGAAAGUGUUAUAAAAAAAAAAAUACUUACAUUUUAUCUAGAUCUUUUUUUUGAUGAUAAUGAACAAAUUAGAGAAAGGGCAAGUAUUGUUCUAGAUAAUGUAUAUUCCAAAUAUGGACGUAAUGUCUUUUUUUUCAUAUAUGAAAAAUUAUCAGCACAUAAAAAAGAAUGCUUACAAGAUAUACUAAAUCAAAUGAAAUUAAAUAAAGAUGAUUUUUCUUUUUAUAAAAUUUUUUUAUCAAAUAAUUCACAACUUAAAAGAAUAUCAAUGAAUGAAAGUAAUUUAAGUGGAACUACACCAACCUUAUCAAAAACAAAAAGUGUAAAAAGAUUAAACUCAUUCACUAAAAAUAAAACUAUGAAUAUUGAUUUCCCAACAAAUUAUAAAAUUAAAACAGAUAAAUUAAAAUGGGACAAACAUUUAGAUCACAACCAUUCCAAUUAUUUAAUGAAAGAAUUUAAGUCUUUUGCUACUAGCGAAUUAAUAUCAACUAUGUUUAGUGACAAACCACACAUAAUUAACAGGAGCUUAUCAUUUUUUAAGGAUUAUAUUAGCAAUAGUAUAAAUCAAUCGACUAUCUUUUCAAAAUCCGGUUUCCUUGACUUAUUAUUAAAGUGGACAUAUUAUACAUUAUAUGGACAUAAAAAUAAUAAUGAAAUUUUAUCUGCUUCUAUUAACUUAAUCCGUAUAAUUUUAAAAACUAUAGAAGAUAAUUACGUUUUCUUAAAUGAUCAAGAACUAGUUACCUUAGUAAAUUUCCUUUUUGAUAAAAUUAAUGCUUCAACAAUUUGUGUAGACAUAAGAAAUAAACUCAAAGAAAUAUUUCUCUGCCUUUGUUAUAUAUCAAACCACAAGCUCUACUUUAACCUCCUUUUAAAAAGUCUCCCAUCAUGUGAUCAAAGGAGGCUAAAUGAUUCUCUAGAUAUUAUAUUAAAAUUAAUAAUUUUAUAUAAAGAGAAAUGUAUUAAUAUUGAAAAGGAUAUAAUGAAAAUACUUCAAGUAUUUACUGUUCAUAGCAAGAACAAAACUGUAACAAUUUAUUGUCUAAAAAUUUUCGCAAACAUUCAAUCCUUUUACCCAAACUUUUACAAGUGUAUAGAAAAUGAUGAAAUAUCAUUUUACUUAAAAAGCAAAGUUGAUGAAUUUAUUGAAAAAUGUCCGGAUUUUAAUGUUACCCUUCAGGAUACAGAAAAUGAUGAAAAUAAUAGUUCCCGCAAUAGCGAUAAUACAGAAGGUAAUUCAAAGGAUGUAGAAAUCAACGAAUUUGUUAAUUAUAUUAAGAACAAUGCAAACCAAAGAAUGUCAAUAAAAAAGGAUGUGGAAGACCACGUAAAUGGGUUUAAUAAGGAUGUGGAAGAAAUAUUAGAAAUAAAAAAAAAAAUUCAAGAAUUUGAAAUUAAUAAAACAAAUGAUGAUUAUAUAAAUAAUCAAAUAUCUUAUACAAGCAUAUCAAAUGAUUUGAAUUUUGUUAUGGACGGAAAUAAUUAUUCUAAAACUAAAGAAAUCAAUAAUAUAAUGGAAUCAAACUUGAAUGAAAAAAUAAAAGGAUUAAAUAAUUAUAAAAAUUCAAUUAUUUAUUUUAGAUUUGUUUACUUAACCUCUUUGUUGUAUUCCAAUGAUAUAGAGACUAUAUCGAAGGUGUGUAAUCUUAUUGUUGAUAACACUAUAUAUGUAGGUAAGAAGAGCAACAGGGGUAAUUUCCUUCUAAAGGAGAACGGCAAUUAUAUAUUUAAAAAUUUGAAUUUGUUUAUUAUUUUGUUGAAGGGAGCAAACUAUGCGUUGAGAUAUUUAUUUCGUGAGAAUUUUGAGAGUGAUUUGAAUUCCACUUCAGUACAUUUGAAUGCUAUAUUGAGUACUCUUUUAUUAUUGGAUAUAUUGAUGAAAAAGAAGAGUUGUGUUGAGAAGCUUUCCUUUGAUCAUUUUUCGUUUUUUUUUAUUAAUGCAAUAGUAUGUUUGAGUAUAUAUACAAAAGUAAUUCAUAAGCAUAAGCAUAUAUAUCGUAUAAAGGAUGGAGAAAUAGCUCGAAACUUGAUAACGCGUAUAUUAAAUAAUUUAUUGGGAAGAGAAUUUUUAAGUAACCAUACGAAAUUAUUAGAGUAUGUGUGUAACGUCGGUUUUAAUUUAGGAUUUGAUAUAAUUAAUAAUAAUAAUAUAUUAUUGGAUGAAAUGGAAUAUGCGAAUGAAUUUUAUAUAUCUAUUAAUACAUAUGUAAAAAUAUUGAAUAAGAUAUAUAAGAAGAUCAUAAAUAGAAUAUUUGAAGAAAAUACGACAGAUAGUCGUUUUGUGUAUAAAAUAUUGAAUAUAUUAUUUAUGAACUUGAAUAAGUAUGAUAUGUAUUUAUGUAAAAUGGAGACUGAUAAAAAUCGAAAGAGGAAAAUGGAUAGUGAACAUGAUGAAAACAGGAGUGAUGGAAGGUUGGGUAUAAUAAAUGGUAUGAUUGGUUCUAAUCAUAAUAUUAAUAAUAAUAAUGGUGGUAGUAGCAAUAAUAAUAAAAAAAUAUGUAACGAAAAAAACAAUAAUAAUAAUAAUAAUAACAAAGAGAACGCCAUUAACCUUAAAAAUAGUAAUAACUUUAAUAACAGAUUUAAUCAGUUCAAUCAAAAGAACACUAAUAAUAAUAUAAAAAGUGUUAGUAUUAAUCACAAAAAAAAAAAAAAUAAUAAUGAUAAUAAUAAUAAUAAUAAUAAUAGUAGUAAUCAAACAAAUUUUUCUUUUAAUCAAAACAAUAAUCCUGUUGAGCAGUACAAUAGUUUUAAUAAUACUAAUCGUAACAGCAAUAGUUGUUAUGGUUAUAAUGAAAAUGAAGUAGUAUGUAAUAAAUCGGAUUACUCAAUUUUUGAUUGUCAUGGUACAUAUUGGGAAAAUUUAAAUAUUGAAGAGAAUAACGCAGAUGUUUUUGUAAAGAAUAAUUAUGAAGAGAUAGAAGUAGGUGUGGAAAGGAAAAAUGUGAUACGUGAAUAUAGUAAAGAAGAGAUGGAUAAAAUCAAUAAGAACAAAAUGGAUUUUAUGAAUACGUUUUUAUUUUUUAUUCAAUUAUUAUUUUAUGGUAUAAAAAAAAAUAAUCCAUUAAUAUUAUUAGCAUAUAUAAAUCAUGAAUUAAUAAGUAAAUAUCAUGAUAAUUUAAAAUAUUAUUUUAAAAAGAUGGAAAUAUUAUUAAAUAAAGAUUUAAGAGAAGAUGUACCUAAUAUUAAUUUUUCUAAAUAUUCUGAAUUAUAUACAUUACCAUUUUCAUUUGAUAAAUUUAUAAAUGAAUAUAAUUAUUUAAAAGAAAAAGAAUCAUCUACGUUUCAAUCAUAUAAUAGUGUAUUAGAAGUACGUCAGCAUUUUGAUUCAGAGGUUAUAUAUAAUAAUUUCGACUUAUCUAUUGAUGACGUUAUACAAAAAAAGAAAAACUUCCUAGACUCAUUAAAAAUGAUUAAUAUAAAUGAAAUAACAUUUAAUGAUAAUAAAUAUGAGCAUUUAAAAGAAACCAUUUUACAAUAUAUUAACGAAUUAGAAAAUAAACAAUUAUUUUGUGAUAUUAAAAAUGCACAAUAUCUUUCGAAUUAUAACUUUAUAAGUUCCAUGUAUACAAACAAUGCAAAGUUGGGCGAAGAAAUGGAUAAUACAAAUAAUGAAAAACAAAAACUAUAUACUCAUAUGAAUAAUGAUAAUACAAAUAAUAUUAAUCUAGAUAGAAGACAAGAACAAAUACCAUUAAAUGCACACAUUUCCCCUAUAUAUUAUGAAGAAAAAAAUAAUAUACAAUUCAUAAAUAAAAAAAAAGAAACAAACACGAAUAAUAUACAGAAUAACGAAACUGUAGUGAACAAUCAUUUUUCAGAGAAUUUUGUUGUGGAUCAAAAUAAAAUGAAGAUCAAUGAAAAGGAUUAUGUGACACAUAAAAAUGUGGAAGAAAAAGUACGGGAGGAAAAUUUCGUGCAUGAAGAAUUAAAAGAGCCCUUAAUUAAUGAUAAACAAACGUUUGAAUAUUUUUGUGACACUGCUUAUGACAAAUUCUCCAAGGAGGAAACACAAGAAUUAAGGAAUAUUAUGACCGAUGAUAAAAAAGAAGAAUUAGAAAAUAAAAGCAAAAUGUGUAAAAAUAUUACAACGAAUGAUGCUACACAUAUAAGCCAUAGUAUAUAUCUACGAAACUGUACUAUGGAAAAUAUAGACAUGAAUAAAAUGAACGAUGAACAUCUUUCAAUAGGUAAUAUUACAAAAUGGAGUAUACCCGUGAAAGAGAACAUAUAUAUGGAUACAAAUAAUUAUACUAGAGAGGAUGCACAAAAUAUAGAAAAGAAUGUUCAUUAUAAAAAAACAAACGAACUGAUUAACAAUGAUAAGAAAAAUGAUAAUCUUAUUGAGCAGAAAAAAAAUAACUCCGAUUUGGGAUAUCGAAAAGAUGGUGCAUUGGAUAAUUUUAAUAAGGUGUUUUCAUCAUAUAAUAAUAAUAAUAAUAAUGAUGGUGUGACAAAUCAUAGGAAUACUUUUGUGAAUACAAAUACCAAUGUACACCUUGAUGAAGAGACAUGUAAAAAAAUAGAAAAUAAAGAAUAUAAUAAUGAGGAGCAAAAAGGUUUUAAGGAUGAUAAUUUAUAUAAAGACUUAUUUGAAAAAGAAGAAGAAAAAAAUAAAGGAGAUAUAAAUAUUCACAAUAAAAUAAAAGAGAAUGAAGAAAAAUAUAUACCAUCUUAUAAUUACAGUAAAGUGGAUGAUAAAAUAGUAAAUGUUGAUCAGGACAUUAAAAAGGAAACAAAUAUAAAUACAUGUAUCUUAAUAAAUGAUGAUGAUUAUUAUAUUAGAAAAGAAAAAAAGAGUACACAAAAUUUUGUACAAAAUAAUAGUAAAGAUGAAAUUAUGGAAAAAGAUAAAGAUAUGGAUCUUUUAAAAAAAAAAAAUAAUAUUAAUAUUAAUAAUAUUAAUAAUAAUAAUAAUAAUAUUAAUAAUAGGAAUAAUUCAUCUUAUAAUAAUUGUAAUGAAAAGAAAAAAAGUAACGAAUCAGCCAGUUCUGUUCUUAAUAAGGAAAUUACACGAAAUGAUAAAAAUGGGAAUAUUAUAAAAAAUACUCAUCAAACUUUUUUAAGAAGUAAUAAAAGUAAUGUACAAAAUUUAAUAAAAAAGUAUGAUAAUCGUAGAGAAUCUCCCAACGUUUCUCACAAAACGGCGAAUAGUAUAAAACCAAAAACGCACUUAGAAAAUACAAAAAUUGUUAAUAAAGCUAACGAUACAUUUUUACAAGUUCAGGGUCAGAGAAAUAUAAGUAAUACUAGCAACAGAAGUAAUAAUAAUCAUAUUAACAACAGAAAUAAUAUUAGUCACAUUAAUAACAGAAAUAAUAUUAGUCAUAUUAAUAACCGAAGCAAUAUUAGUCAUAUUAAUAACCGAAGCAAUAUUAGUCAUAUUAACAACUGUCAUUAUAGUGAUAGUAACGAUACCUUUAAAACGAUAUUAAAGAAUGCUUCUAAUAAUUCUUAUCAUAAUAUAAACAGUGAAAAGGAAAAUAUAAAAAUCAAGGGAGAUGAAAAAAGUACAAACCAAAUGUUAGUUACAAAAUCGAAUAUAGGAAGUGCUAAUCUCGUAUCGAAUGUUUCACCUGAACCACUAUCUGCUAAUACAACAAAAAAUAAUAAUACAUAUCUUCUUAAUAAAAAGAAUGACACAUAUAUAGAAAAAAGUAAACACAUAUAUGAACAUAAAAAUACCAAUAUAGUUUCUAGAAAUAAUAACCCUUCAGAUAAUUACAUGCAGAAUAAAGAAUAUGAUAACAAAAGUAAUGCAACAUCUAACUAUUCAACCAAAAGAAAAAAUUGUAUUGGUAUUUCAAAUCCAUUAAAAAAAAAAAAUACAAAUAAGUAA